GAAAACAACAUGUCUUCUCGAUCUGCAUUACCGUCUGGAAACGACAGGAGUACUGGAGACCAUCAUGUAUCACUGGGGGCCAGCCGCUCAGACAAGGCCACCAGCCAGUCCAGCCGCUCGCUGGGCGCCCGGUGCAGGAACUCCAUCGCCUCCUGCUCUGACGAGCAGCCGCACAUCGGCAACUACCGUCUGCUCAAGACCAUCGGCAAGGGAAACUUUGCCAAGGUCAAGCUGGCCCGCCACAUCCUGACGGGCAGGGAGGUUGCAAUAAAAAUCAUUGACAAAACUCAGUUGAACCCAACCAGCCUACAAAAGCUCUUUCGGGAGGUACGAAUAAUGAAAGGCUUAAAUCACCCUAACAUAGUGCAGCUGUUUGAGGUGAUUGAGACGGAAAAGACCCUUUACCUAAUCAUGGAGUACGCCAGUGGAGGUGAAGUGUUUGACUACCUCGUGUCUCAUGGGAGAAUGAAGGAGGUUGAAGCCAGAGCCAAAUUUCGACAGAUUGUUUCCGCUGUCCACUACUGCCACACGAAGAACAUUGUCCACAGAGAUUUGAAGGCGGAGAACCUUCUGCUGGAUGCCGACGCCAACAUCAAGAUCGCCGACUUCGGCUUCAGCAACGAGUUCACGCUGGGCAACAAGCUGGACACGUUCUGUGGCUCGCCGCCCUACGCUGCCCCAGAGCUUUUCCAGGGCAAGAAGUAUGAUGGGCCUGAGGUAGAUGUCUGGAGUCUGGGAGUAAUACUCUACACCCUGGUCAGCGGCUCACUGCCCUUUGAUGGACAGAACCUGAAGGAGCUGAGGGAGCGUGUGCUGAGGGGAAAGUACCGCGUGCCGUUCUAUAUGUCCACAGACUGUGAGGGGAUCCUUCGCCGAUUCCUCGUGCUCAACCCCGCCAAACGCUGCACCCUAGAGCAAGUCAUGAAGGACAAGUGGAUAAAUACAGGGUACGAGGGGGAGGAGCUGAAGCCCCAUAUAGAACCUGUUGAGGACUACAGUGAUCCAGCUCGCAUAGAGGUGAUGGUCGGGAUGGGCUUCACUCCAGAGGAAAUCAAGGACUCUCUGCUCAAUCAGAAAUACAACGAGGUCACCGCCACCUACUUACUGCUGGGCCGCAAAGGCGACGAGGGCAGUGAGGCUCGCACAGCUAGUAGCCUGUCCCUGGCGAGGGUACGACCCAGCCCCAUCACCAACGGGACCAACAAGCACUCCUCAGCCACCGGCUCCUCUUCCUCUUCCACCUCCUCCUCACAUAGCAAGACCCAGCGUAGUGCUUCCACUUACCACAGGCAGCGACGACACAGUGACUUCUGUGGGCCUUCCAUGCCCGUCAUGCACCCCAAACGGAGCCCGACCAGCACGGGUGACCGGGAGCUGCGAGAGGGUCGAAUGCCUUCACGUAAGGCCAGUUGCAGCGUGAUGGGGAGCCACAGCCUCCCUCCCUCCAGCCCAAUGGUCAGCAGUGCCAACAACCCCAACAAGUCUGAGAUCCCGGACCGCCGCAAAGACAUGACUGCCACCACAAAUAACAUCCCUGGAAGCGCCAUGACACGCCGGAAUACAUACGUGUGCACAGACCGCUCAGGCACUGACAGACACUCUCUUCUGCAGAAUGGCAAAGACAACAGCUCCCUGAGCCACCGCAUGCCCGCAGCUUCUCCCUCUACACUCAGUAUUGCCGGGGCCGGAGCUGCCUCCUCCUCUUCCACUUCAGACCGAUGCCGCCUGACUCGAGGCUCCACAAUUCGCAGCACCUUUCACGGGGGACAGCUGAGGGACCGCGGGCCCUCGGUUUACUCUGCCCCACCCACAUCACCCACCCUGUCACACCAUGACGCCAGCCCCCUGCCCCACGCCCGCACCAGGGCAACCUCCAACCUCUUCACCAAGCUGACCUCGAAACUCACUCGCAGGGUCAACCUUGACCCGUCCAAGCGCCAGGGCUCAAACAAAUCAGUCUCGGGUUGUACUCUUCCACAAGGAUCAAAAACAGUUAGGUCACAAAUGAAUCUGAGGGAAUCAGGAGAUUUGCGGUCACAAGUUGCCAUUUACCUGGGUAUCAAAAAGCGUCCGAGCCCCGGGCCGUCGGACGUGGCUGGGAUCUGAGAGGCGGUGGGCGGCGGGACCCUGCGGAGGUGGUACUGGCUCUGCGGGAGGCGGCGCUCGGAUGUGGCUG